AUGUCAAGCUGUUUUCAUGUGAUAGACACUGCAAGAAGAAAGGAAUUGGCCAUAGGUCAUAUCCCUUCCCAGUUUCCCCAUGACAGUUCUUUGAUUCUCAGUCUGAAAAUAAUAGCCUUUUUACCAGACCAUUUCCUACAUUACUUCUUUUUUUCCCUUUUUUCUCUUUCACUUUCUCUCUCUCUCUCUAUUUUAAUCUGUUCAUAUCUAUCUAUCUAUCUAUCUCUCACAGUCUGUUCAUAUCUAUCUAUCACAGUCUGCUCAUAUCUAUCUAUCUCAGUCUGCUCAUAUCUAUCUAUCUAUCUAUCUAUUUCUCACAGUCUGUUCAUAUCUAUCUAUCUAUUUAUCUAUCUAUCACAGUCUGUUCAUAUCUAUCUAUCUAUCUAUCUAUCUAUCACAGUCUGUUCAUAUCUAUCUAUCUAUCUAUCUAUCUCAGUCUGUUCAUAUCUAUCUAUCUAUCUAUCUAUCACAGUCUGUUCAUAUCUAUCUAUCUAUCUAUCUAUCACAGUCUGUUCAUAUCUAUCUAUCUAUCUAUCUAUCACAGUCUGUUCAUAUCUAUCUAUCUAUCUAUCUAUCACAGUCUGUUCAUAUCUAUCUAUCUAUCUAUCUAUCUAUCUAUCUAUCUAUCUAUCACAGUCUGUUCAUAUCUAUCUAUCUAUCUAUCUAUUUCUCACAGUCUGUUCAUAUCUAUCUAUCUAUCUAUCUAUCACAGUCUGUUCAUAUCUAUCUAUCUAUCUAUCUAUCUAUCUAUCUAUCUAUCACAGUCUGUUGUUCAGAAUCUAUCUAUCUAUCUAUCUAUUUCUCACAGUCUGUUCAUAUCUAUCUAUCUAUUUCUCACAGUCUGUUCAUAUCUAUCUAUCUAUCUAUCUCUCACAGUCUGUUCAUUAUCUAUCUAUCUAUCUAUCUAUCUAUCUCUCACAGUCUGUUCAUUAUCUAUCUAUCUAUCUAUCUAUCUAUCUCUCACAGUCUGUUCAUAUCUAUCUAUCUAUCUAUCUCUCACAGUCUGUUCAUAUCUAUCUAUCUAUCUAUCUAUCUAUCUAUCUAUCUAUCUAUCUAUCUCUCACAUUCACUUUGCUUUUUCUUUUGCUCUUUCUCUUCUCUAUUGUCUUCUUUUUUUUAUCUUCUCUCUUUUUUGUUCUCGGCCUCAUCUUUCUCUUAUUCUCUCUCUCUCUCUCUCUCUCUCUCUCUCUCUCUCUUCCUUCCAUUUUUCUCUUUUUUUAUCUCCCUCUUCUCUCUCAUUUUCUUUCUUCUUCUCCAUUCUUCUCACUAAUCUCUCUCUCACAGAGAUGA